AUGAUAAAAAUUAUAAGAUUAAAAAAUAAUGAAAAUAAGUUUGUUCGGAGCUUAUAUAAAUGGCCUUUGGUCAGAUACCAAAAUUUAUAUUGUUCAGAAAAUAAAAAUGUAAAAAAUUUUGGUAAAAUUAUAAAGAUUGGAAAUGGUGAAGAUAUGAUAACUAAAAUGUAUAACUUUGAAAAUGUGAGAAAGCAUAAUAUAAUAAGUGUUAGAAAACGUAAUAUAAUAAGUGUUAGAUGCUUUUCCACAAAUUUGGGAAAUGUAAAUAAAAACGUUCAAAACAACGUUAAAAACGUUGAAAACGUUGAAAAUGAAGCUAAUGAGUGCGAGCAAACUGUUUUGGGAAAAAAUGAAAAACGUCAAAAAACGACAAGGGAAAUAUAUAUGGACAGAAAGCAAAGAGAAUCAAUAAUAAAAAUGUAUCUUUUUUUAAGUUUAAUAUUAAUGCCAUUUGGAUAUAUGUAUAUGUAUUGUAUAGAAAAAAAUAUAAAUACAAAAGAUCUAAUACAAAUAAUAAAAAAAAAAUGUGAACAUUUAGAAUCACAAUAUAAUGAAAUAAUACAAGAAUUUAUAGAUAAAUAUUUUCCUGUUAAUAAUGAACCAUUAUUACCUGACUUUAAGGAUCUAAAUUAUCCAGAAAAUUUACCAACAUUAGUAAUAGAUUUAAAUUAUGUUAUAGCAAAAUUAGAAUAUAAUAGAAAAACAGGAUGGAGAGUUUUGAAAAGACCAUAUUCCGAUUUAUUUUUUAAAGAAUUAUCAAGUUUUUACGAAAUUGUUAUAUGGUCAGAUGAUAAUUUUCCAGUAGCCCAAGAAGUAAUUUCAAAAUGGGGCAUACCCGCUAUUGGUUGUUUACAUAGAGAUCAAUGCUCAAAAAAAAAAAAAUAUUAUAUUAAAGAUUUAAACAGAUUAGGUCGAAAUUUAGAUAGAGUUGUUAUUAUAGAUCAUGAUAUACAUGCUUUUAUGUUACAACCCGAAAAUGGAAUAUUAAUAAAAGAAUUUCAUGGUGAUGUAGAUGAUAAUGAAAUGUUAUGUCUUAUUGAUUUGCUAAAAUCAUUUGCUAUUAGCUCACAUAGUAUUGGUCAAUUUUUACAAAAAUAUGGGGGUGGGGAUUAUAAUAUAGGCAAAAGAUAUUUGCAACAAAAAAAUGAUGCUGAACAAAAAUCUCAAAGAAUACGAAGUCUCGGAAAAAUAUUUCACGUCGACAAUAAAAAGCCCCAUUCCGGCAUGUCCUUUAACAUGUGA